UGUGGUCAGGUUUGGUUCUCCAAUAGGCGUGCCAAGUGGCGCCGGGAAGAGAAGCUACGCUCGCAGAAGCGUCUGAUCAAUCAAGUGGGAUCCAAUGGGUCCCAGUCGGGAAUGGCCUCAACGAUAUGCUCACCCUCGGCAACGAAGAUCUACAACUCAGAGUACGACAAUCCGUACGCAGCCGCCGCUGCUGCAGCACAGCCUACUUCGGAUUGUUACAGCUCUAUAUCGAAUUCGGUUGGCCUGAUGUCGGGUCAGCCGCCCCGUGACAACUACCAAUACCUUCUGUCCGAUUCCUUGCACUCCCUCAGUAUGCCUUAUUCCUUUCACCACCGUUUGCCGUGCAGUUCGCCGUCGAGCGUUCAACCGAUGGAUCUCAACACUCAUUCGGCCGCUUCGGCGGCUGCUGCAGCUGCUGCGGCGUCCGCGUACAGCCAGUCGAUAAGCAUGACCGAUCUCUCGCAGAUGACUCCGUCGAGUGCGGCGGCGGCGGCGGCCGCUGGCCUUCCGCCGCCACCACGCCAUCUACCGAUAAUCACCAGUGCGAUCACGCCGAAUCCGGGCUCGGCCAGCCAGGAGAUCGAAUCGGCUGGACCCGGUGCAGGUGGUGGGCACUACAUCACUCGGCUCGAAUAGUCACUAAGUCAGCCGCUGCCGUUGACCCACCAUCACCAUCACCCCCACCAGCAACAGCAGCAGCAGGCACCCCCUCCUCCACCUCCCCAGUCCAGUAUCCUCCAAUCUCAGCCUCCCCCGUCGCACGAUCAUCAUCCCAUAGGGCCGAUAGAGCUUACCAGUGCGGCACAACAGCAGCAGCAGCAGCAGCAACAGCAGCAGCCGCCGCCUCCGCCGCCGAGUGACAUGGAAGGAUGAUGAGACUGAUGAGAUCCGAUGGAGAAUUGAGUACUCAUGGCGAGUGGCUGACUGACGGCAUAGAUGGGUGGAUGCAGAGCUUGGGGU